CGUGGGGACGGAACUCCGUACGUCAGUCAUAUCGGGUAGUUAGAUCAGACACUGAGAAAACGUACUUUUCCAAGGUUGCCACUUGACAGCUCACUAUCCAUAUGACCAUGAGAUAUGACCAGUGUGCUGUGUUCCUUUACCUCUCUUCUGAAAGGAUGGAAGAUGACAGUCCAGAAGAGUUCCUUGCAGAAUUUAAGGAGAAAAAUCUAGGCGUUUGGGGAAUUGCCCAGAUAGCUGCUGGCUCUGGGUUAGCUGUCUAUACCAUGUGGGCAGGACUCCUGAUGCCAGGUUUUCGAAAGGUACCUCUGAGGUUACAGGUGCCCUAUCUCCCCGCCAGCAGGAUACAAGUGCAGAAUGUGAUGAAACUGCUGAGUGGGCGAAAGGGAAACCUUGUGGACUUGGGCUCUGGUGAUGGCAGGAUUGUGCUGGAAGCACACAAACUUGGCUUUGGUCCAACAGUUGGAUACGAACUCAACCCCUGGUUGGUUCUUCUGGCCAACUUUCACGCAUGGAGAGCAGGCGAUUAUGGGAAGGUGUCGUAUCAGAGGGACGACCUAUGGAAGGUUGACCUUACUGAGUGUAAGAAUGUUACUGUGUUUUUAGCUCCCAGCGUGCUGUCUUUGCUGCAAGAGAAAAUGGAGAAUGAGCUUCCGGAUGAUGCCAUGGUAGUAGCUGGUCGGUUUCCCUUCACUGAGUGGACUCCAUGCAGGAUUGAAGGGGAUGGGGUGGACCGAGCCUGGUCUUAUACCAUGCUAGCCCAAAAGCGGCCAGCAGGAAGUAAUUUGCUAGCUGAGCCUGAAGAGUCACCAGUUUGAAUAGGUGAACCAAGUACCUGUCUGGUCUAAGUAGGAUUAUCUGACAGAUGAACCAGUGGGAGGAAGUGGGUCAAAUUAUUUGCAUACACAUGGGUUAAACAAAAGUAGCUGACAGAAAACCACUAUUCUGUUUUUUAUGUUUAAAGAGAGGUGCCCUUUCCUUAUGGGGCAUUAUCAUUUUCUUGUGCAACUCUGUCCUAAUCCUGAUCCUAUUCAACAAUCUUGAUUGUGCUGUAUGUUCAUGAAAGAUGCUUGGAUUUUACUACACGUUGGGUCAUUUUUAAGUGUUGAGGUGGUGCUUACUGAUCUGAAUGAUUUAAUAGUGGCAGAAUAACCUAUUAUUGUAUUGUGCCAAAUGAGAAUUAUACUUUUACAUUUGAUUUAUGAUUUAAUAUAAUAUGCGCAAUAAAUUAAACAAAUUGUG